AUGGAGACAGCUGACUCUUUCCCUCUGGUACUGGAGGGACCCUGGGAUCCUGAUCCCCCCAAGAAGUUAUGCAAUAAGUUGCUGUGCUAUUUCCAGAGUCCCCGAAGAUCAGGAGGAGGCGAGUGUGUGCUUGAAUACCAGUCAGGCGACUCAGGUCUCCUUCUUCUCCUCUUUGAACAGGAGGAAGCAACCCAGCAGCAAGGCCCCUUGCCUGGGACAGGCCAAAAAAUGAAACUCCACACCAAGUGGAAACCAGCAGGGAGGCCCCACCACCCAUUACAAGCCAGAAGUGAAGUCUACCCUCCAGUGUUAAUAAGCAGCUUGGCUCUGAAGCCUAGUGAAAGCCAGAUAAGACAACGAGUUCUGGAAAGACAGAACCAUGAGUUAGAAUUGCCAGGAGAAGAAAAGUUGAAACUCACUGUCAGACUUCCUACAGCAAAGGAUGGGAAUACAAUAAGAAAAAAACUAGUCCCAACAAAAGACUCCAAGAUCAAAGAUGGAACCCAAGAAAAAGAAGCAUCAGAACAUCAGAACACAACCCUUCCACUGGAGAGAUCUGCCAAGACUGAGAUUGUCUCCAAAGGCCCCAGAACUACUUCCUCAUGGGUUGCAUUUAAAAAUGUCCCAGAUACAAUGACUCAUGAAUUAUUGGUUUUGCUAGUGGAAAACAUCAGUGGCCUGUCAGAACCUAACGGAGACUUUACAGUAGAAAUUAGACCAGAAGCUGAGGUUGCUGUGGUUACCUUUCUGAAAAUCAUUGAUGUAAAGGGAUUUAUUACUACUUGUGCCCAGAACCACACAGUAGGAAAACUUAAGAUUUCUGUGGAACCCCUAUAUGUGACAAGAACCAUUCUGGUGGAAGACCUACCCCCAGAUGUUGAUGAAUAUUACAUCACUCAUUUCUUUCAAAACCCAAACAAUGGAGGGGGACCAGUAACCAGGGUCCAGUGUUUUCCAAAGGAGAAUUCAGCUCUGGUUUGGUUUGGUACAUGCAAAGUGGUUGACACAAUUUUGACAAAGAAGCUUCUCUUCAACAACAGUCCCAUUUCAGUGUUCCCAUACUACCAUAGUUUGGGUACUGCUUUAUAUGGAAAGGCAAAGUCAUCAGUGAAGCUACCAGAGCCCUUAAAAGUGCCAAUGGAACCUUAUCUACUGAAAUUCUUACAGAAAGAUGAUCAAGUAAUUGGAGAGAUAACUAGCACCAUGGAGAGCUAUCAUUGUGCACUAACCUGGCCAAGACCCAACUGUAAAGAGCCAGAAAUUAUACUCACUCCUUCAGUCACCUUAGUCACCCAAAGAAAAACAAAGAGCGACAUAAUCAAGACAUGGAGUGAAGAUGUUUCGAAGAAAUUCUCUUGCCUCAUAUCUAAAUACCAGGUCAGGAAGUUUAAUGUGGACCGAGAGGUGUGGGAAGCCAUUAGAGACAGCAUAGAAAAUAAGAACAUUUUGACUGAGUUUGAUAAGCUUCAGGAGACAGUGAUCAUAGCAGGGGAACUGGAAGAUGUGCAAAGAACUGAAUCAAAAAUGACUCUGAUAGAAAGGACCACUCAAAAAAUAAAAAGGAAGAAACAAAGUAUAAGAGAGAAUUUGACUGUGGGUCCUGGAAGGUUUUCCAUUUUACACAACAAAGGAUUAGAAGAGACUCUCCAAAAGGAAUACCCAAAGCUGGAAGUCACAUAUGAUGCCCUCAGAAAGAGGAUCUGCCUGAGUGGAUUGGCUGCAGAUGUAUACAAAGCAAAGAGUGAAAUUCUGGAGAAACUACAGAGCUUGGUUCAGAAAUCCCUCCAUGUUUCUCCUCAUAUCAUUCAGUUCCUGCAGCAGGUAAACUGUGAGACAUUCUCUGAAUCUCUUUUUGGAGCUAAGAAACUUUCUGCUGCCUGUGAGUUGGAGGGUGAAGCAGUUGUGCUGGUUGGCUCCUCUUCCCAAGUUCUUUCAGAAGCUGAGGAACAUAUGAAGAAAGCCUUGAGCCUUAAGUGCAUCGACAUGGUAAACCAGAGGAUUCUUAAUGAUUGUAAAUGGAAAACACUCAUUGGUGAAUUAAAUAAGAAAUACAACUGCUCCUCAAAGACUGUAAUAAUAGAACAGCAAAAUUCAGACACUGGGGUUAAGAUAAUCAUUGCUGGUUGUGUUAGUCCUGUAUGUGAAAGCCACCAACUACUUUGUAAAUUCAUAGAAAAAAACACAAAAAUUAAAAAAUUUAUUGCUGUUAUUUCUUUAGCAAUCAUCCAGUAUAUGAAGAUGAAAAUGGAAAAUAGGCAAAUUUGGCAUGAGCUAAGGAUAAAAAAUAUUAAGAUCAGUUUCAAAACUCUGGCCAACCAAAGAGGCAUUUUACUGAGUGGUCCCAAAGAAGAAGUGAUGAGAGCAGUGGCCAUGGUUAAACAAACACUAGAUUCAAUAUGUAUUAGAAAUUUUAGCAUUGAUAAACCAGGGGCCAAAUCCUUAUUCAAAGAAAAGGAAGCAUUUUAUAAAAUGGAAGCAAAACAGAAGUAUAGUUGUUCAAUUUGUCUACUAGAAGAUGGAGAUGAGAGCAAUGGGAGCAGUAUAGAUGGGCAGAAGGUCCACUGUGAGUUAACCUUAGAAUCUGGCAUCUUAUUAACCGUUCAGCAGGGUGACUUAACCCAGUUCUCAGCAGAUGUGGUGGUGAAUGCAGCAAAUAAGAACUUACAGCACCUUGGAGGCCUGGCAGCUGCACUCUCUAAAGCAGCAGGCCCAGAGCUACAGAGGGAAUGUGACCAGAUAAUCCAGCAACAGGGUAAGAUCCCUCCUGGCUGUGCUGUUGUCUCAUCUGCUGGACAGCUCCCUUAUCAGCAAGUGAUUCAUGCUGUUGGUCCCAGGUGGAAGCAAGAAGAUGCUCACAAGUGUGUGCAGCUACUAAAAAAUGCGAUCACAGAGUGUCUUACUCUGGCUGGAUCCUAUGGGCAUAGUUCAAUAGCUAUCCCAGCUCUUAGCUCUGGGAUCUUUGGCUUUCCCUUAAAAGAGUGUGCAGAGAACAUUGUCUUGUCCAUCAAGGAAAACUUCCAGGACCUCCCAAAUCAACAUAGCUUAAAAAAGAUUCAUCUUGUAGAUUCAUCUGAGGAGACAGUUCGAGCUCUUUCCAAAGCUGUUAAAAACAUCUUUAAAGAUCUUCUUCCUGAUAAAAAUUCAGCACCUUGUACACAAUCAGGAAACCAGGACAAAAACAGAAAGAAAAAAAUUGAAUGGGGAAAUGUGCUGGCCUCCAUCCAAACUAGAGAAGGUCUGAGCAUCUUGUUGGUGAAGGGAGAUAUUCAGGAUGCUGAGACCGAUCUUAUUGUCAACUCCGUUCCUUGGAAUCUUCAGCUUGACAACAAACCAUCUACUCUUUCUGGGGCCUUAUUGAAGAAAGCUGGCCCACACCUCCAAGAAGAAUUAAAUGAAGUAGGAAAAGGAAAAUCAGUGAGAGAAAACCAUGUUUUCCUGACAAAAGGCUAUAAUUUGGACUGCAGAUUUGUGCUCCAUGUGGUGGCUCCUAGCUGGGAUAAUGGAGAAGGGAAUUCACAAAAGGCAAUGGAAGACAUCAUCACAGCAUGUUUAAAGAUGACUACUGUCCUGUCUUUAGAAUCAAUCACUUUUCCAACAAUUGGAACAGGAAAUUUAGGAUUUCCUAAAGUCCUUUUUGCUGAAUUAAUCCUAUCUCAAGUGCUCAAAUUUAGCAGAAGACCUUUGCAGACUCUAAAGGAAGUUCACUUUCUGUUGUACCCCAGUGAUACCGAGAACAUUGAGGCAUUUUCAGAACUAUUCAGAUGGAUUAAUGGAAAUCCUACCAGUGACAGAGUUGCUGUGACUAAUGACACUCAAGGUCUCUUUGGGACUAUUUCUAACCCUGAUUUGGGAGUCUAUGAAAUGAAGAUUGGUUCCAUUACUUUCCAGGUUGCCUCUGGAGACAUCAUCAAGGAAAAUUCAGAUGUGAUUAUUAACUCAACAAAUGCCACAUUUGUCCUCAAAACAGGAGUUUCCAAAGCCAUUUUAGAAGCUGCUGGACCAGCUGUAAAAUUAAAAUGUGCUAUAUUAGCUAAACAACCUCAUGAUAAUUUUAUAGUUACACAAGGUGGAAAUCUGAAGUGCAAGAAAAUAAUUCACGUGCUUGGGGUAAAUGAUGUAAAAGAAAGUUUCUCCAAGGUUCUGCAGGAAUGUGAAAAGAGGAAAUACACGUCCAUUUCCCUCCCAGCCAUUGGAACAGGAAAUGCUGGACAAGACCCAGCUAAAGUUGCUGAAAACAUAAUUGAUGCUAUUGAAGAUUUUGCAUGCAAAGGGUCUGCCCAAUUUGUGAAAAAAGUGAAAGUGGUCAUCUUCCUGCCACAGCUACUGAAAGUGUUUUAUGACAGUAUGAAAAAAAGAAGAGACUUUGUGCCACCAAUCCCCAUGCUCUCUGAAUUAAAAAGCAUUUUAGGUCUUGCAAGCAACCUUUCCAGGAACCAAGAUAAUUUGGUCUUGGAAAAGAAAAAAGAGUCAACCAUUUUCCAGGUGUGUGGUGAAAAUAAGGAUAAUAUUGAAAGUACUAUCUCUUGGACACAAGAUUUAAUUUCAAAGGAACAAAACAAUUAUGCCUUCUCAGAUGAGUCUAUCCGAAAUUUUGGUGGAAAAGAAUACAAAGAACUGAAUGAGCUGCAGAGAAGCCUGGAUAUCACUAUUACCAUGGAACAUGGAAGCUCCUGUCUCCGGGUUUUAGGGAUUGCUAGAGAUGUGUUAAAGGCUUCCCAAAUGAUUGAGGACAUGAUCAAAAGAGUUCGGUUGCAUAAAGAUGAAGAGUCCAAGGCUGAGCUGCUCAGUGGCAUCAUAGAAUGGCAGUAUAAUGACAGUGGUGUUUUCAAGUCUUUUGACAAAAUAACUAAUAUGCAUUUAGAGGAUGCAAGGAAAGAAAAGAAAAGUAGCAUUGAUAUUAAAAUUGAAAAUGAAAACUACACAGUGGACUUUCACAACAACAUUGCUACAGGUGAAAUGGGACAGAGCUUUCCAAUUAAGCGGCUCACCAAAUCUGAAGGUGAGCUCCCUGAAUACUGGGAUGACAUGGAAAAGCAGAACUUCCUCUUGGUGAAGUUGCAGCCAGGAAAGCCAGAGUACAUGGCCAUAGAGAACCAUUUUAAUCAGAAUUGUUCUGACUACAAAAUUGAGAAGAUUGAAAGGAUACAGAACCGAAACCUUUGGAAUUUGUAUAAUACAAGGAAAAAGAACAUGGAUGACCAGAAUGGACACACAAACAAUGAAAAACGCCUCUUCCAUGGCACAGCUGCUGACUCAGUGUCCCAUGUCAACAGCCAAGGCUUUAAUCGCAGUUAUGCUGGGAAAAAUGCGAUAGCAUGGGGAAAAGGAACCUACUUUGCUGUCUCUGCCAGAUAUUCUGCUGAUGAUAGAUACUCCAAACCAGACAUAAAUGGGAAGAAGUAUAUGUAUUAUGCACGAGUACUUACUGGUGAUUACAUUCUUGGAGAUUCAUCAUUCGUUGUCCCUCCACCAAAGAGCACUCAAGACUCUAAUAUUCUGUAUGACAGCGUCACUGACAACAUUCAAAAUCCAACAUUAUUUGUUAUAUUUUAUGACAGUCAGUCUUAUCCAGACUACCUCAUUACUUUCAGUAAAUAA